UCAUCGCGAAGAUGAUGCUAAAGACAAAGAUGCAUCGACAGCGGUGGAAGAUGUUCAGGAUGAUGCUGAAGCCACAGAUGGAUCAACAACGGCUCAAGGGGAAUCUCCUUGCCGCGAAGAUAACAGGAAGGAUGGCUCGCCCACAGACAUGUAUGAUCCAUGGGACCCUCCCAACCCACCUCCUCAUCCCUCAAUAGAAGCCUUAACGUCCACUCGUGAAUUUAUUACCCAGUAUGAAAGACAAAUUCGGAAAUUCCUUACUGAACUCAGAGGCACCAGUAUAAUUGUUCCGGACCGCACUCCUAAGGAGACACAGGCAAAAUUUUGUGAGAUAUAUGGCCCUUUGGGGAAGGCCCUCCAAAAAGAUAGUGUUCCGUGCUUCCUUCAGCUCUUUGAAAAGUAUAGAGAGCGCAUGGUUUCUGGUUAUAUCUUCACGCCACAAGCCUUCGACGUGAUACUUACACACAGUGCCCUGCGUUGUGCAGAGUUAGUUUUGGAGGGCAAGGAGCCUAAGCUCUGUGGUCAGCUUGCCAACCCCAACUACAUUACCUGCUUUGGAUACUUCCCUCUCCACCAAGCUGCUGAGACAUUCUGCACUGACAUGGUUGAGUUACUGUUACGCUAUGGUGCUUUGGCAAAUCUACGAACCACAGGCGAUAGAGUUAUCGAGGGCCUCCUCCCACUCCAUGUUGCCAUUGAGAACACUUGCCAGCAUAAGUAUCUGGAGGACAAUCUUAUAGAUGACCCGAGCUAUGAGAAGGGAAAUACCAAGUACAUCUACAAGCUCAUACAUCUGCUUUGCCUGCCUGAGAUGAAGAUCUUUUUGGACACGACUAGAUUGCUUGCAACUCACACAAAUGAUGUAGUAGAUGUGCUCUGGGAUUACAUCAAGCAUGGGAAGCUUGUCCCUGCAGCUGUUUUGCUCCUAGCUGCUCAGAGGCAUUUCCGUGACCUAAAUGGAUUUGAUACGAUCAAGAAACAGAUCAUCAGUUCUUUGAUUGCCCUACAAAGGGAAUGGUGUGGAUUAGGAAGUGGUAAAAAUACCAAAGCAAAAAAGCAGUGGAAGGAGAAGAAAGUACGUUUUGAUAAUGCAUCGAUGCUUUUGAAGAUAAUUUUUAAAGCUGGUGAAGAUCUUGAUGCAUAUAUUCAAGCUCAUUCAGAGGCAUCUCAUCAGGAGGUCCUUGGAAAAGUGUCUGCAGUUCUCCAAAAUUAUGAUGUUGGUCCGAGUGGAAAAGGAAUUUGCAUUGACGACUUCGACUGCCGCCCAUAUGAUUAUGGAGUUCCAGACAGCAUCUCACAUAAACAUGGGGAUGCAGAUUUGUCCAUGGCAGCCAUAGGAUCUCUGGAAGUUGAGGGAAACAAUGUUGUGAUAAAGGAGCCACACAGAGGACAGAACCUCCCGUAUGCAAGAGAUCAGUUCUUACCGAUAUGGAGAUCGGUAUUAAAAGCUCGGUUUAUUACGAGGGUCUAUCCAUCUUAUAUACCAAAGAAAGAGUUACCGUAUAUUCUGGACGAUCGCAACCGCGAGCAACCGAACAAUCGGAGAUCUUCUCAAAUUCGUGUUGGCUUGUUGGGCUUGUUGGAGAGAAGCUUUCCAAAAGUAGCAAGUAAUCGCAAAUUAGCAAGUACUCACCAAUCCAGAAGGCUAUUUAGUGCUGCAUCGACUGCACUGAAGAUGCUGAAGCACGCCUGAUGACCAAGCAAAAAAGGUGUCUCAACAAGCAACCACUCUUCCUGCACCAUGAGGGUUCUGUGGUUUAUCUGGUUUUCUGGUUGCGCACCACACUGGUUGAGCGCUAUUGCGUAUGCCAUCACACUUGUCUAUUUAGAACAGCCAUUGUUUGGUUAAUUAUCUUUCCGAGGCUGGU